AUGAGAAGUUUGGGACGCAUUAUGCCUAACGUAGGAGCGUCUAAGGCAAGGAAAAGAAGACUUUUAGCGACUGUCAUAACUUCGCAAACACUCUAUGGAUGCCAAGUAUGGGCUGACAAGAUGACCCUUGGAGGACGGAAAAAUCUCAAAAAAAGUCAAAGAAGCAUAAUGCUUAGGGUAACAUCGACAUACAGAACAGUUGUAAGCGACGCCCUUAACAUAUUAUCAGGAAUACCUCCUAUAGAUCUACAAGCAAUGGAUAGAAUGGAAAACUAUAAUGCUGGAAAAGAAGGAAGAAAUACGACAGAAGCUAGAGAAACAUCCAAGUGA